ACGGCAAAAGUAUCGCUCGGAGAAUAAAAUUAAUAAAAACGUUUAAAAAUGGCAGCGAUUGUUAAAUAAUUUGCACCGAGUAGGACACACUUAGCUGGCCACGCGGUCAACAUGCAUCGACCGAAUUGGAUGCCCCUCGUCAGCCAGCUCUUCCUGGUUCUGCUGAUCUUCGCGAAUGGCCAGAGCGUCUGGGGCAGGACUGCCAAGCGGUCAGAUGUCUAUAUCGCUGGCUUCUUUCCGUAUGGGGACGGCGUGGAAAACUCGUACACUGGUCGCGGGGUUAUGCCCAGCGUAAAGCUGGCCCUGGGACAUGUCAACGAGCACGGCAAGAUAUUGGCCAACUACAGACUGCACAUGUGGUGGAACGACACGCAGUGCAAUGCCGCCGUGGGUGUAAAGUCCUUCUUUGACAUGAUGCACUCUGGUCCCAACAAGGUGAUGCUCUUUGGAGCAGCCUGCACCCACGUCACUGAUCCGAUUGCCAAGGCCAGCAAGCACUGGCAUCUCACCCAGCUCAGCUACGCUGACACCCAUCCUAUGUUCACCAAGGAUGCGUUUCCAAACUUCUUUCGGGUGGUCCCUUCCGAGAAUGCCUUUAAUGCGCCACGCCUGGCUCUCCUCAAGGAAUUCAACUGGACGCGGGUAGGCACUGUGUACCAGAAUGAGCCGCGGUAUUCCCUGCCCCAUAAUCACAUGGUGGCCGACUUGGAUUCCAUGGAGGUGGAGGUGGUGGAGACCCAGAGCUUUGUAAACGAUGUAGCCGAGUCCUUGAAGAAGUUAAGGGAAAAGGAUGUGAGAAUCAUUAUGGGCAACUUCAAUGAGCACUUUGCAAGGAAAGCCUUCUGUGAGGCCUACAAACUGGAUAUGUAUGGUCGAGCCUACCAGUGGCUAAUCAUGGCAACGUACUCCACCGAGUGGUGGAAUGUGACCCAGGACAGCGAAUGCACCGUAGAAGAGAUAUCCACGGCUCUGGAGGGCGCUAUUCUGGUGGAUCUACUGCCUCUGUCCACGAGUGGCGACAUCACAGUGGCGGGAAUUACUGCUGAUGAAUACCUGGUGGAAUACGACCGUCUGAGAGGCACCGAGUACUCCCGGUUUCACGGGUAUACCUACGAUGGAAUCUGGGCAGCCGCUCUGGCUAUACAAUAUGUGGCCGAGAAACGUGAAGAUCUUCUGAGCCACUUCGACUACCGCGUCAAGGACUGGGAGAGUGUAUUUCUGGAGGCCCUGCGGAAUACCUCCUUCGAGGGAGUGACGGGACCUGUUCGCUUUUACAAUAACGAGCGGAAGGCCAACAUUUUGAUAAACCAAUUUCAGUUGGGCCAAAUGGAGAAAAUUGGCGAAUACCACUCCCAGAAAUCGCAUUUGGAUCUGAGUCUUGGCAAGCCUGUUCGAUGGGUGGGCAAGACCCCACCCAAGGACAGAACUCUGAUUUAUAUAGAACACAGCCAGGUUAAUCCCACCAUUUACAUAGUAUCGGCCAGUGCUUCGGUUAUAGGUGUGAUUAUAGCCACGGUGUUUCUGGCCUUCAACAUCAAGUACCGCAACCAAAGGUAUAUCAAAAUGUCUAGCCCGCAUCUGAACAACCUUAUCAUAGUUGGCUGUAUGCUGACCUAUUUGAGCAUUAUUUUCCUGGGUCUGGACACCACCUUGAGUAGUGUUGCUGCUUUUCCGUACAUUUGCACGGCCAGAGCCUGGAUAUUAAUGGCAGGCUUCAGUCUUAGUUUUGGUGCCAUGUUCUCGAAAACCUGGAGAGUCCACUCUAUUUUCACCGACCUGAAGUUGAACAAGAAAGUAAUAAAGGACUAUCAGCUGUUUAUGGUUGUGGGUGUCCUGCUGGCCAUAGACAUAGCCAUAAUAACCACCUGGCAGAUAGCGGAUCCUUUCUACAGAGAAACGAAGCAGUUGGAACCGAGGCACCAUGAGAACAUUGAUGACGUCUUGGUGAUUCCUGAAAACGAAUACUGUCAAUCCGAGCACAUGACCAUUUUCGUGAGCAUUAUCUAUGCCUACAAAGGCCUCCUACUGGUCUUUGGUGCAUUUUUGGCCUGGGAAACACGCCAUGUUUCCAUACCCGCAUUGAACGAUUCCAAGCACAUUGGUUUCUCGGUCUACAAUGUUUUCAUCACCUGCUUGGCUGGAGCGGCUAUAUCUUUGGUUCUUUCGGAUCGCAAGGAUUUAGUUUUUGUCUUACUCUCGUUUUUUAUCAUUUUUUGUACGACAGCCACUUUGUGUUUGGUGUUCGUACCGAAACUGGUGGAGCUGAAGAGAAAUCCCCAGGGUGUGGUGGACAAGAGGGUGCGAGCCACUCUGAGGCCCAUGUCCAAAAACCGGCGGGACUCUUCCGUUUGCGAGCUAGAGCAGCGCCUCCGGGAUGUGAAGAACACAAACUGCCGCUUCCGCAAGGCUCUAAUGGAAAAGGAGAACGAGCUGCAGGCCCUGAUCCGCAAAAUAGGGCCGGAGGCUCGGAAGUGGAUUGACGGCGUAACCUGCACCGGAGGUGGGGGCUCCAACGGCGCAAGUGAGCUUGAGCCCAUCCUAAGCGAUGACAUCGCCAGAUUGUCGGCUCCUCCGGUGAGGAGGGAAAUGCCAAGCACUACAGAAGUUACUGAACUGACAUCCGUGGAUAGCGUAACCUCCACCCACGUGGAUAUGGACAACUCCUUCGUAUCUGUACAGUCGACUGCCGUGGCUCCCUCCUUGCCUCCGAAAAAGAAAAAACAGUCUAUUGUGGAACACCAUUCUCAUGGCCCAGCUGCCACCAUGAUGCAACCCAUUCAGCAGCAGCUGCAACAGCAUCUGCAGCAGCAGCAGCAAAUGCAACAGCAACACCAGCAGCAGCAACACCAACAAAUGCAGCAACAGCAGCACCAGCAACAGCAUCACCGCCAUUUGGAGAAACGAAACUCGGUGUCGGCCCAAACGGAUGACAAUAUUGGAAGCAUAACCAGCACUGCCGGAAAAAGGAGUACGAGCGGGGACUGCCCCAAUCUCCGGGAGCGGCGCCAGUCCAACGCGUCCCGGCACUACGACAGUGGCAGUCAAACACCAACGGCCAGGCCCAAGUACAGUAGUUCGCACCGAAACUCCUCCACGAACAUUUCCACCUCCCAGUCCGAGCUGAGCAACAUGUGCCCGCAUGUGUCCAAGCCCAGUACUCCGGGGGUGAUGAAGACUCCCACUACUUCCGACCAUCGUCGCACCAGUAUGGGCUCCGCUCUUAAGUCCAACUUCGUGGUCUCCCAGAGCGACCUCUGGGACACACACACGCUCUCCCACGCCAAGCAGCGCCAAUCGCCGCGGAACUAUGCCAGUCCCCAGCGCUGCACGGAGCACCAUGGUCACAGCAUUGGCAUGGCCUACGACCCCAACACCACCUCGCCGAUCCAGCGGUCCGUGUCUGAGAAGAAUCGAAACAAGCACCGGCCGAAGCCGCAAAAGGGCACCGUCUGCCAGAGCGAGACGGACAGCGAGCGGGAGCGGGACCCUCCGCCGCAGAUCAUCAGGGCGGAGCAGUGCGCUGUGCCCCGGAAGCUGAGCCGCAACUCAAACAUUCAGUACGCUGCCCACCACCACAGCUCGCCGAACGUGGCGCCGGCGGAGAAGCAGAGGGGCAAGCAGCGCGGAGGCAAGCACGAGAGCAGCAGCAUCUUCGGGGCCAGUAGCGAGACAGAACUCCUCGAGGGCGAGACGGCAAUCCUGCCCAUCUUUCGGAAACUGCUCACCGAGAAGAGCCCCAACUAUCGGGGCCGCAGUGUUGUGGGCCAGAGCUGUCCGAAUAUAUCCAUAAAAUGCGAUAUCGUCGAGUACUUGUAGGGGGAUUGAUUAUGUAAUAGCCGAGAAACUCCUAUUCGUUAGAUCCAGUUAAAGUGUAAAGACUAUCCUUGUUUUUCGCUCGUUAUGCAUCUACAUUUCUAGGUGAGGUGGCGACACACCGUUUUAGAGAACUAGUAGCAAAUGACAUGAGAUUUGUUAGUUGACAAAUA